AAUCACUACAACAAAUAAGAAGAGAUAACAUCAUAUUGGAUUCAAAACCCUAUCACUCAUCACUCACUACCUACUACACAAUCUCCAACAGCCGCCACCAGGCCACCGUGCCGGAGGAUUCGUCUUCCUCCGACCGGUUCUUCUCUCGCCGUCGCCGCCGCCUCUUUCAGUAAUGUUUGAAGGACUGGUUCAUCAGUUGCUUCUGGGUUACCUGGGCCGAUAUUUCAAAGAUAUCCAGAAGGAGCAGCUGAAAAUUAGACUUGAGGAAGUACUAUUGGAGAAUGUGGAGCUGAUACUUGAAGCAUUUGAUUAUCUUCAGCUCCCAUUUGCACUAAAGCAAGGUCGAGUUGGGAAGCUAAGCAUCAAAAUUCCAUGGAAAAAGCCCUGGGACCCCAUUAUAAUCAUUUUAGAGGAUGUCUUUAUUUCAGCAUCACAGCGAGAUGAUCAAGAGUGGAGUGCUGAUGCUGUUGAAAAAAGAGAAUUUGCUGGCAAAAAGGCCAAGCUGGCAGCGGCAGAGUUGGAAAAAUUAUCCAGACGUGUGUGUGGUAAGCCAUUUAAGUUCAAAUUGAAGUGCAUUGCUUAG